AAGAAAAAGAUGUGAAUCUCUACAUUAAUUAUUCUGAUUUUUAGACAAAUGAAACCUACGAUGGAAACAUCAGACACUAUUAUAGAUCCUCAUUCUGAAGUUGAAAAGCUUCAAGAGUUAGUAAAAACACUACAACGUCAAAAUGAAGCUCUCCGCAGUAAGCAAAAAAAUGCUGGCGGGGAUCACCAGCAGAACGGGCAAAUGGACAAAGUUGUCUCGAACCACAAUAACAACAUCUCCGCAAAACCUAAGAUAAGGCAAGACAGUGGACAAGAAAAAGCUUUAGUGGAAACUGCUGAUGAUAUUAAUAUAAUAAACCUGGAUGAUAUGUCUCUAAAAGAUGAAGAAGAUAGUUGGUUGUAUUCUUCACCAAAAGCUCCCACCCCCCAGCAGACUCGUGUGAGCCCAUACAAGUGGGUACGGCAGGAGUUUGACAAUCCUAGUCUGAAGUUCCAGUCAUCUAAGCGAUCGUUAAUAAACAAAUUAGAAGAAGUAGCUAGAAUAAAUAGAAGCUCAAGUACUCCAUCUCUAGGUAGUUGUGCAUCGGAAAGUCGAUCUCUGUCUUCGUUGAACCGUUCUGUGGGUAAUUCACAGAAUGGACACCAUAGACCAGCACCCAGACAAUUCUUGAUGGCCUCUAACCAAGGUGGCAGAAUUGAUACUGGUACCUUCACUCGACCCAAGAGAACCAAAGAAAGGCAAAAACAAAACAGUUUUGAAAAGGAAAAUGAGCCAAAGGAGGAGGCUAUUUACAAAUCUCCAGAUGUUUAUGAGAUUGAAAAUCUUGCCAAACUGCAAGAAGAGAGUCUCCGACAAAGUAUAUCACCAUAUACAUCUCCUAGAAAAGGAUUACGAAGUCGUCAGCUUUCUGACCCAGACAAUAUAGGUUCACCAAGUGGGUCAAAUCGGUCAAGUCCUGGACGUUUUGAUGGUGAUGCUGGAUUUAUGCACUAUCAGCAGCACAGAAACAGUAUAGGGUCUGAUGCCAGUAGUCCUCCUGAAAGUCCCCAUGCAAGUCAGUACCUUAGUCCUGGCCUACCGAUGUUUACUCCAGAAUCUCAGUCACGCAGAAGCAUGCAGGCUUCUAACAUACUGCAGUAUUCCCAGUCAACUCUUCAUUCCAGCGACUCGAGUCUUGACCACCAGUCUAACUGUAGUGAUGAGAUGAACCUGGCUCCGGAGGGGCGUAACAUGAACCGGCUGCACCAGCCCAUGAUACGUGCGCAGUCGCCGGGCUACAGCGGGCUGAAACCGCCAUCAGCUGGUCUGCGCGGAGCCUCUCCCUCAAGAAGCAGUCUUCCUACCCCAAACAGGCGAACAAUACCGCGACCGUCUGCAGGUCGAUCCUCGCUGCCUACUCCUAAGAGAUCAAAUAUGUCUUCUCCGCGACCACCCUCCUCUCAGGGUUCUGAAGAAAGCUGGCGCGAAGGAUGCUUCUAGAUCAAUAUUUAUUCUAUUUAUUUGUGGUUUAUCUCACAACACUGAUCCUUUGUACAGAAUAGCAUUUAAGCAAUAUUAUUAUUAAACCAUGUUAUGCCUGUAAUGCAGAGAAUGCACAUAUGUGAUAUAAAAACAUCUUAUAAAUAUCUAUUUAGCUUAUAUGCAAAGAGAUAACUUAUCAUAUUUUAUUUUAUUUAAAAAUAUGUAGUCAAUUUUUUAAAAUGUCUUAUUCAAACAAAUGAAAGGCUCUUUAAACAUAAUGUAUACUUACUCUGGUUGUUUAGUAAAAUAAAUCAAAUAAUUAAUCAGGCAAAACAAAUAUGAUUGUUCAGUUAGCUUUUUGGCAAAUUAACCCAUUAUAUUUCUAUGUUUGGACUUUACAGUGUGUUUUUGAUAGGGUGCUUAUGUUUGUGUCAAUGUUUUGAGAUAACCACAUUAAUGACUACUGUAUAUUUUAACAUACUGACAUGGGAAAGAAAAGCUAUUUGCAAUUAUUCUUAAGCUUUUUUUUUUUUUGCCAAAGUACUUGAUUGUGCUUGUGUACAGUAAAUUAUGGAGGCUUGAAUUGUCUUUAACGCUACAUUGUGAUGCACAUUUGUUUUUCAUUCAUGUAGUUAAGUGCGGUGAGCGGACAUAAAAUGUUGGUUUUAGGGAAUUCUUUUCAUCUCACCUAACAUGAAACCAGGAAGUCAUGAAAAAAGAAAUACAAAUUUCACUUUUCUGUCACUGGUGAUAUCUUUUGCAUUUAGGAUACAUCUGCAUAUAUAGGCAGAUGUGAUAUGUACUUUGGUGCACAUGCACGCACACACACACACACUUAUGCAGGAAUGCACACUUGUAUACACAUAAACUAAUGUGCAUACAUUUUUAGAAAUGAAAUGAAAAGUGUGGGUGAGGGGUGGGGGGGACAUUUUAUGACUAGCUCAGCACUUUACUGUACUUUUUUUGGUGCACGAGUAUCGGUGAGAUAUGGAUGUGAUGGCUAUAUAUUUUUUUACUUUUUUUUACUUUUUUUUUUUUUGCCUAAUUGACUAAAUAUUUCUUGUAUAAUAGAUUGUUUUAUGUAUAAGUUUUUCAUAUUUGCCAUUUUAAAAAUGAUUACGUUUUUUCAGGACACGAUGAAUGUUCAGUGGUGUAAGUGUUUUUUUUAGUUUGUUAAGUUUUCCCUAAACUUCUAGCAUGUGUAGCAUUUUAAUUGGAUCAUGACAGUUAUAUCCAUAUAUUCAUAGUUAUUUAAUCUGUUUGCCCAACAUCUUCAUUUUCUCUCUGCAUUUUCAUUUUUCCUGAACAGGUUGUACUUAGUUGUAUAUUUCUGACCUUCCAUUCAACCACUCAUUAUAUCAAAUUAACUUGUUCUGUAUAUUGUUUGCUUAAUUUCAUGAAAACAUUAAUAGUUAUUGAUUACCAGGUUAACAGGAUUUUCUAGAAUAUUUAGUGAUGUUUUUUUUUUACCCUAGACACAAUUAAGGUAGGGCCCUUAAUUCAUUCUCAGUCUGCCCUUAAUUCAUUCUCAGUCUGCCCUUAAUUCAUUCUCAGUCUGCCCUUAAUGCUUAUAUAAGUAGGGCUAGCUCUGCCAAUCGCUAAAUUCGUCAGAUGCGGAUUUUAAGAACAGUUGACAAAUUUUAUUUUAAUUUGACGAAAAACAUUUGUAUAAUAAUUGUCGAAAAAUAGCUAUAUGUUUUGCAUUUUUUUAGAUACUUUGGCAAAAUGUUCUGAUCACCCAGAGCAAGCCCUGAUAUCAUAGGCGUUGAAAGUGUUUGGCAUUAGAUGGCACUGACCUCUAAAUCUCUUUCAUAUUAUACAUCCCCUUUCUCACAAUUAAAAGGUGAAUUAUUAACUGCCUUCUCCAUAGAUGGUGGCAUCUUUCGUUGCCACCAUGUAUGUAAAAUAAAGAUGUGUCUGUUGCGUGUGAUAUUAUGAUGGUGCUACUCGUGUUUUAGAAAUGAGAUUUCACUGAACAUUUAUUAAUAUUCUACACUGAUAGGAACCCAGCAUAUGUAACCAAGAUUUUUGAAACUUUUCAACAAAUUCUGUUGAAACUUUGCAGGAUGUAUAGAGCUUUUUAAAGUAGUUUCAUCAGAUAGCUUGUCUUGUGCCUUGGGUAUAUUAAUGUUCCGAGGCGUUUAAUUAUUUUUCUUUCAUUAAUUUGGAGGUCGGCCUGACUGCUUCCAUUUGCUCCUGAUCAUGGGAUAGAAAAAUGUAGAUCUAUUUACUAAAAAAAAUGGAUCUGUUUACAAGUAACUGGCUUCAAGUUUCAUGGUUUUUAUUUAUGACUUUUUUUCUUCUUUUUUUGACAUUAAAAUCUUGCGUCUAUGAAAAAAAGUGUAUUGCUCAUUCCUGUAGCCUGCUGACCAAGGCUUGUAGAUUCGUUUUUAUUCCAAUGUUUAAUUGACUUUGACUCUAAUGCAUGUGCAGUCUUGUGUGUAGUCACAUGUUUGAAGUUGCAUUUUUUGUGGACUUGGUAUAUCUUAUGAGUAUUCACUAGUUAUUAAUACACCUUUUGAUGUUAAAUGUGUGCAAACAGUCAUACCCACAGUUGUAUAAAGAACAUUUAAUACUGUUGCUUCUCAUUUGCAUACAAAUACAUAUGGUUUCACCUCUGGAUAUGGUCAUUUUGCUGAUAAAGAUCACGGGCAGUGUAUUUUGGGCAGUCUUUGAAAACAACUGCAAAUUCAUAAUAUUACCCCGAAAAAUUAAUAUGACAAAACAGAAAUUAUAAGCAUGGAUUCACUGUUAUAAUUUUCAUUUAACUCAUUAACCAAGUACACUGUGAUUAAAACUAAGUUGAAUAUAAUAAUUGAGUAAAAAAUGUUGUCUAGUCUUUGAAGAUUCAAGAUUCUGUUUAAAAAUGAAGUCACUACCAUGUGACUUAAGUCUGCAUUCCAUGGAAACAGAGUUACUUUGUUACAGUUUCUGUUUACCAGCUUAGUGUGUGUAAAAAGCAGACAACAUAAAUAAUUUGUUAAGUAGUCACCCAUCAGUGGUUUGUUAUAGACUGCCUUCAUCCUGUGUAUAUAGAGUAGUGUGUGUUUAAACCAAGCAUCUUACAUACAGUGUGAUUAGUUUCGCAUAAACUGUUCUAAAUACACACAUCAUCCCCAUGUAUUAUUUCUUUCCCAAAAGCAUUUUAAAAGAAUGCAUGAUAUACUGAUAUGCCAAAGAAAUGCAACACAUUUUAUCAGGCAAAAUUCAAGAAAUGGUAUUUACUAAUUUGAAUGGAAGCAUGUUUUAUAUUUAUUUUUAACAUAGUGCUUUUCUGUUCCAGUUGAAAUUAAUUUAAAUUAAUAAAAAUUAUAUGGCAGUUUUUCAUAAUUCUGAGAAGCCAUUUAAGUAAAGUUAUUAUUAUAUUGCCUGAAAAUGUUGUUUCUUUUACAUAUUAGUAUGUUUCUCCAAUAUUAGCAUGAUUCUGAAUUCAGUUUCAUUGUUGUAUUAUAUAUGAGCAAUGCUCACUUAAUUUCAGCCUAUUGAUGAAGUAAAAAAAAUACUUUGCAUAUGGACACUUGAAUGAAACUAUGGUAAAAUAAGGAUAUUAUUACUUUUUCUCUACUAAUAAACUUCUUUGUAAUACAUUUCUCUUUGAAAUAAGACUAGUUUUUUUGUUUUAAUUAAUGGAUUUGUUUUUCAUCUUCUUAUCUUAAUUGAUUUUAUCAAAGUGCCAUUCUUUAAGCCACAUUUAUAUAUAGUAUAUUAUUAAGUUCAAAUUGUUUUAAGUUUUAUAUACACAUGAUCAUUUCAACUCAUUCAGAAUUUAUAGAUUGUAAAAUAUAAAAUACUUGUUAUUGUUAAAAAUUAAUUUGAAAAACAUAAUGUUGAGAAAAAAACAUUUCAAACAAAUAUUGCUCAUAAAAAAUAUAAAAGAAUAGAAUUAUCUUUGUUUUACUGUAUUCUCAAAGUAAUUUUAUUUCUCUUUAGAAUAUUUAGUACUUAAACCAAUAACAAUUAGACAUGUGUUCCUUCAUUUGAGUAUAAGAGCCACCAUUGUUACAAGGCUGUGUUAUUAUUUUGCUGUAAUAUUUCCAUCCAAGGUCUAGGACAGACCUGUCAACCUUUAGUCAAGAGAAAGCAGGAGGUGUGUGUUGAAAAAGCAGGAGAUUUGGUCAAAAAGCAGGAGAUUUUUUAAAUUCACACAAUUUAACCCAAAAUCGCAAGAUUUA